AUGUCUACUUGCGGCGAUGUCUUGGAGCACUUCCAGCCUUAUGAUUAUGCAAAUCAAUACAACUCACGCGUUCCUCAAACCACGACCCAGCAAAAGCCACCAAUUGUUCAGCCUAUGUACUCCGAAAUGCCAACCGAUAUGAUUGAUGAUGCGAUGCGACGAGGUAGCAAUAGCGAUGAUGAGGAGAAUUUAACCCCCGCACAAUCCCGGCGCAAAGCCCAAAACCGCCAAGCACAACGAGCUUUUCGCGAACGCAAGGAGCGCCAUGUAAAAGAGCUCGAAGCCAAGCUCGCAGAGUUGGAGAAAAACACCGGAGAUUUAGCUCAAGAAAACGAGCGCUUGAAAUUGAAACUCGCGAAAGCUGCAACGGAAAAUGAAAUUCUGAAGGCAACGUCUGGGCAUUCUAGUCGUGGGGGUUCAGAACCUCUGGCCAAUACAGGACCUAUGAAAUAUACGCCUACGGAUUUUUAUACUGAGGUUUUGUAUGCACAUGAAAACAAAGUACCGAGUCAUCGCAUCGUGUUGGGCGAUAAAGGGGAGAGGCUAUUGGCGGCGGGGCUGGUGGAUGUAGGUAUUAUUAGUGAAAUGCUUAAGGGGGCUGCAAAAUGUGAUGGGCAAGGUCCGGUGUUUGAUGAGAGCGUAAUACUUGAUGCGAUUGAGAAGAGCGUUGCGGCUGGAAGUGAUGAGUUGUUAUGA